CAGUCAGCUGGGGGCAAAGCUAGGACUCCGCAGGCUGCCUCCUGAGAGACAUUGGCUGGGUUAGGGCAUUGGAAAGAGUCUAGGCAGAUCAGCAGCCAGCCUCUAAGAUGAGCUCUCUCUUUUAAAAGCAUUCAGCCUUUAAACACCACAAUCUGCACUUUUUUCCCCUUUUGCAUCAGCCAAAAAAAAAGGGGGCCAAAAAAAAAAAAAAAAGCCAUUCUGAAAAAAUGAACCAUCCUCGCCCUGGGGCAUGGGGGAGAAGGAAAGGAGCAGAGAUGGCAGCAAUUUAUUUCCUUGAAAGAUCCCUUGCAAACUACAACAGCCUAACAGACAAGCACUUGGCGGGCUACUUCAGCAACACCAGGAUAAGACGUCAUCUUCAGAAAUCAGGGCUGAUCUCAAGAAGUGGAAGAAUAAUAUCUGAGAAGGAUUACCGGCUAAAUGCUAUGAGGAAGGAUCAUCAGAAGUAUAUACGGGAAUGUUUGGCUCAGGCCAUAUUCCACAAAGUCUUGGACAUGGAACGUCAUCACCAGGUUGAAAUAAAAAGAAAACUGGAAAGUUCUGCAAUGAAAGAGCGUGUUCAGAGAAUUAAAGUGGAACGAUCAAGAAAGUCAGCAGAAGAUACACAUUUCCUGCUUUCCCCACACCCACCCACUGUGCCGAGAAAUCGCCUUGGACGCCGCAGAUUUGGUGACAGAGGACAAUCGGGUCAUUUGGCCACCUAUCCUCGACCAAGCACUGCACCAGGGAACAUACAGCAUCCAGUCCGACUGCAGCCAAUUUACAACAAUGCCACAACAGAGUCUACAGCCAAGGCUACUUCAAGUUCCAGGCUAAAGUUCUCAGCACUUGAAAAAGAACAUCAUUUUGUCAGUGGGGGAGAGAGAAGUGUGUUAAGGCCUAUGUAUGCAACUGAUUAUUCAACUGGAAUAUCCCCUUACCGACUUCCUAUCAUUAACAACUAUGUGAUACCUGUCCCACCACCACCACCCAAAAGUGAAAAGAACAUAAACGCAAUGAAAUCUGGGACAUUAAGAGGUCGACGAUUUCGGCCAACAACUGCGCCAAAUGGCUUGGAGCAAUUGAUAAUGAAGGACACAGGAAAGUUCUACAAGCCUCAAAUACAUAGCAAUGCAUAUGUUACUAUGAUAUAUUUGGGGAAAACUGUGCACCUGUCCUAUGACCUUUUUGACUACCGAGAUGAAAUAAAAAUAUAUCAACAGCACUGUGGAGGAGAAAAUGUGUGUGUCUAUAGAGGAAAACUACUAGAGGGAGAAACGUUCCAGUUUAUCUCCAAGCGGCAUCAUGGCUUUCCCUUCAGUCUUACCUUCUAUCUCAAUGGAAUCCAAGUGGACCGGUUAAGUUCCUGCUGUGAAUAUAAGCAUCGGAAGGGUGCUCGACUGGGAGGCAAACAUGGACAUUUUGGUUUUGUCAAUGUGGAAAGAUCAUCUCCUUGUUAUAGGUGUAUCAUUGCAAUGGGUCUGGACAAAAUGCCUUCCCCUCCCAAGAAGAAGAUGGCUGAGGAGGAUGAAGAAAAGAAGGAAGACUCUGGGAAAGUAGUAAACCAUAAGCUAAGAGAGAGCAGCAGCAGCAGCAGCAGUAGCAGCAGCAGCAGCAGCAGUAGAGAAGAAAACAAAGAUGCAAUGUCACUGUCUUCUUCAGGUCCGGAUGAAAGGAAAGAUCUUGUAGAACAUGUUGCAGAAAUGGAAGUGGAGACAAGAAAAGUUGAAAUAAAAGGAGCUAAUGAUAAAUGUGAAAGGAGCCAGAGAAGUACAGCUAAUUAUGCAUAUGAUGAAGAUUUUGAAGCAGAUGAAGAGAAAUCAGAUGAGAAAGUUAAUGAAGAAGGACAGGCUGAUGAUCAAAUGAAUGGAAUGUCAAAGUCACCCUCAGAUGAUGAAAAAGAUAAUUUAGUCCAUGAAAAGGAGAGUAAAAACUCAUCACAGAAAGCUUUGCAGGCCUCUGACAGUGAGCGAGAUGAAAGUGAUGGAUACUCAGAGAGUGACUCGGAGGAGGAUAAACAAGACAGGAAGUGUGUGCCUUCCCUCUCAUCCAGCAGCACAUUGUAUAGCAGUGAAAAUGAGUCUGAAGGUGAAACAAGAAAGCAAGAUGAUGAAAAAGAUAAUGCUGAGAUGCUUUCGGAAUGCGACAAUGAAACCGCAGAAACCCAAAGAGAAGAGGGUCAAGAAACUGAUGUGGAGGAAGAAGAAGAAGUAGGUGCAGUAGAAAGCACAAAUGCCAAACAUGUACCAGGUCCCUUUGAUGAAACAACAAUGGAGAAGAACCUUCUGCACACGACUCCAGUCAGUGAGAAUCUGAAGCUUGUAGGGCCAGUAGAUGUGAGCGAAAGUGAGGACAGGGAGGACGAUGUAUUUGUGCACUCAGAAGGCAAGACCCUGGAAGUGCAAUGCAGAAGCAGGGAGCCUUCAGAAGAUGAGGAAGAAGGUGACUGCAAAUCAGUCCAAGAGAAAAUAGCUGAGGCCAUUGAAAAUGAUCAGUUUUUGAGUUCUGAACCUGAGCCUAGUGAUUCCAGUACAGAGGAUGAGGAUGAAAACACAGCUGCUGUACAAGAUGAAAAUGAAGUACCAGAUGGAGAUUCCUUGGCAGAAGAAUCAAAUGAGCUUGAGUCACAGAAGGUUGCAGAGGAAGUGGAACAAGAGAGACAGAUGGUGGGCAAAGAAAGAGCACUUGAGGAAGUGGAGCUUAUAGAUGAAGAAGGCCCCCAGAAAAUAGUUCUGGAUGAAGAAGUUCCAGCCAAAAAUGUAUCAGUUCUUAUGGCAAAACAGGCCGUAAAGAAUGAGCUUAUGACAGAAGAGACAGAACUGGAGAAAGCAGUAGAAUUGGAUCUGGAAAUGGACAAUAUAGAAAACCAAGUAACAUAUGAGGAACAAUCUGAGGGGAAGAUAAAAGUGGAAGGAUUCAAAUUGCUGAAGGACACAGUAUUAGAAAAUGUAGCCUCUGAGGGACAGGAAAUAUUGGAGGAAGGCCAGUUAGAAAGGGAGCAAGAAGAGUACCAGAAUUUUUCAGAGGGGUUAAUGGCUAUUGGGGAGGCAUCUGAAGGUGAGGAAGAUACAGAAGAGACAGCAGAAAUAUUGGGGACUAGAGAAUUGCUUGGAAAUAAGUCUAUGGAGGAGGAAGCACAUAAGGCAAAGGUGGUUAUAGAAGAAGUGGCUGAGUCUGAUGAGCCUCUAGAGACUAUAUUUGUUAAAAAGGACACUGUGGAGAAGUCAUUGAAAACUCUGGAAGAAGCUGAUUUUGAAGGAAGUGAAUCUUUGCAAGAGAGAGAACAUGAGACAGAGGCUGUAGAAAAAGCUAACAUGCAACAUGGAUCUAUAGAAGACAUGUUUUUGAAGGAAGAUGAGUGCAUGGAAGAGGGAAACUAUGAAAAAAUUGAAUUGAGGAAUGGUUCCAUCACGGAAGCAGAGCUAACAGUGUCUGAAUCGGAAGAAUCUUUGCAAGAGAGAGAACAUGAGGCAGAAGCUGAGGAAAAAGCUAACAUGCAACUUGGAACUAUAGAGGACAUGUUUUUGAAGGAAGAUGAGUGCAUGGAAGAGGGAAACUAUGUAAACAUGGAAUUGAGGAAUGUUUUGAUCAUGGAAGCAGAGCUAACAGGGCCUGAAUCUGAAGAAUCUUUGCAAGAGAGAGAAGACGAGACAGAAGCUGUAGAAAAAGCUAACAUGCAACUUGGAACUAUAGAGGACAUGUUUUUGAAGGAAGAUGAGUGCAUGGAAGAGGGAAAAUAUGUAAACAUGGAAUCGAGGGAUGUUUUGAUCAUGGAACCAGAGCUAACAGUGCCUGAAUCUGAAGAAUCUUUGCAAGAGAGAGAAGACGAGACAGAAGCUGUAGAAAAAGCUAACAUGCAACUUGGAACUAUAGAGGACAUGUUUUUGAAGGAAGAUGAGUGCCUGGAAGAGGGAAAAUAUGUAAACAUGGAACUGAGGAAUAUUUUGAUCAUGGAAGCAGAGCUAACAGGGCCUGAAUCUAAAGAAACUUUGCAAGAGAGAGAACAUGAGACAGAGGCCGUAGAAAAAGCUUACAUGCAACUUGAAACUAUGGAGGAUAUGUUUUUGAAGGAAGAUGAGUGCAUGGAAGAGGGAAACUAUGAAAAAAUUGAACUGAGGAAUGGUUCCAUCACGGAAGCAGAGCUAACAGUGUCUGAAUCGGAAGAAUCUUUGCAAGAGAGAGAACAUGAGGCAGAGGCUAUAGAAAAAGCUAACAUGCAACUUGGAACUAUAGAGGACAUGUCUUUGAAGGAAGAUGAGUGCAUGGAAGAGGGAAACUAUGUAAACAUGGAAUUGAGGAAUGUUUUGAUCAUGGAAGCAGAGCUAACAGGGCCUGAGUCUGAAGAACCUUUGCAAGAGAGAGAACACAAGACAGAGGCCGUAGAAAAAGCUAACAUGCAACUUGGAACUACGGAGGAUAUGUUUUUGAAGGAAGAUGAGUACAUGGAAGAGGGAAACUAUGAAAAAAUUGAAUUGAGGAAUGGUUCCAUCACGGAAGCAGAGCCUACAGUGCCUGAAUCAAAAGAAGAAGAGAGUGUCUCCACAGAUGAAAAAGCAGCUGCUUUAGAAGAGUCAUCAGACAGUCUCACACAAGAAGCUUCAUUUGAAGUGAAGAUAAUCCAGAAAGUUCCAGUUAUGUGGGAGGAAGAGCUAGACAAUACAUCUCUUGAAGCAAGUGAGACAGAAGAUAUGUCUGAGGGCAGCAUUUCAUCAGCAGAAGAAGAAAAUAAAAAGUAUCAGGGAGCAAUAAUAAAAACGGGGGGAAAGGAAUCAGGAGACAUGCUUAACAAUGAAGGAGAAGCAAUACUCAAAGGCCUAGUGGUGACUGAGGAAACAGCGCAGGAAGAAAGCAUUAAGAAGCUGGUAACUGACAAAGAAGAUGCUUUUACUGAAGAACCGGUGAGAGAAGACCCAGAAGCUAUUGCACUGGUGACUGAAGAAAUAACAGCGGGGGCAGGGGAAGAAAGGAAGGUGGAUCCUGAAGAGAUAGAUAAAGAUGUGGUGGUUAAAGAGGAGAUGGGUGCUGGAGAUGCAGAAAUGGAAGUGCUAGUUAAAGGGGAGGUGGAAGCUGAAGAGGCAGAGACAGCACUGAUGGUUAAAAGGGAAGCAGAGCCUGAAGAGACAGAAAGAGAAAUGAUGGUUAAAGGGGAGGUAGAGGCUGAAGAGAGAGAGGGAGAGUUGAUGGUUAAAGGGGACGUGGAGGCUGAAGAGACAGAAAGAAUGAUGGUAGUUCAAGGGGAGGUGGAGGCUGACAAGACAGAAGGCGAGAUAGCAGUUAAAGGGGAGUUGCAGGCUGAAGAGACAGAAAUAGAGGGGACAGUUCAAGGGGAGGUGGAGGCUGACAAGACAGAAGGAGAGGUGGUGGUUAAAGAGAAGGGAGACCCCAGUGAAAGAGAAGUGGCACUCGAUAGUGACGUGGAAGCUGAAGAGGCAGGAAGCAGAAUGUUCGUUAAAAGGGAGGUGGGGGCUGAAGAUACUGAAAGAGGGGUGGUGAUUAAAUGGGAGCUCGAGACCAAAGAGACAGAAGGUGAAGUGGCAGUUAAAAGUGAAGUGGAAACUGGUGAAGAAGAUCCAGAGACUGAUGAAGAAGUGGUGUCUGAUGACACAGGACCUGAGGAAGAAAUUGAUUCUGAGAUGACUAUAGUGGAGAGGCAGAGUGUACACAAUGUGACAGGAGAUAUGGUAGCAGAGACAGAACUAAUAGCUGAAUCAUCAGCACAAAAUGUAGCAUUCGUAGGAGGCGAACUGAACCAAGCAAAGGGAACAGAGAAUGAAGCAGGCCCAAAAGAUGAAAUGGAAAACACAUCUAAAGAGGUAGCAGGCGCAAAAGCAUUAACUAACAUGCAGAUGAAGAAGCAAGGGAGAACUGUUGAGGAGGAGGAGGAAGAGGAGGAGACAGACACAGAAGAACAGAUGAGAGGAGAAGGAAUAAUAUCUUUGAAAGAUGUGGAGGAAGCUCUCUUAUUAGGAAUACAGCAGUUGAUAACAGAAGUAUCACAGAUAAAGGUGGAAGAUAUAGAAGAAGAACCUGAAGUGGAAUGUUUGCCAAGUGGAAUUUCAUCACAUGAGGAUCCCAAUACAGAAGACCUUUUUGUAGGUGCAGUAGCAAAAGAAAGGCAGAUUACUCAGAGUGACAAAGCUGAGAAAAGAGAAGAUGAUGAAUGCAUGGAAGAUGUCAAUUUGGAGGAAGAAGAUGAAAGAGAAAACAGAAAAAUAGGAGAAGACCACCCUUCAAUAGAAAAUCUGCCAGUGAUAGAAAGCAUUACCAUGAGUGAACAGCAGUCUGAAAGAGAGCAGCAACAAGAAGUCUCUGCACAAAUGAUCAACCUAGAGCCUGCUGGAGAACCAUAAGACAAGCACUAAGGGAAAAGAAUGCAAUGGGGUUGGAAUCUUGUCAUCAUUGCAGUCCCAAGAUGUGGCAGAAAAAAGACUCACUCAAGCAUGCGCUCCAGUUCCUUCAGUGCUUGUAGUCCCUGAUUUCCAUUAUUAUUAUUGUUGUUAUUAUUUAGUAACUUUUUCACAAAUCCCUCUAGAUUGCUGCUUGCUGGGAUGUCUGCUCUCUUCUUUCUUUCUUUCCUUUAUGAGUAGCAUAAACAUCUGUCACUUUGCACCAGAUCAGCUCCAGAGAAGUAAAAUAAGCCUUUCUAGCCUAUUUCAGAAGUAGCACUCCUUUAUAAUUAUGAAGAGAAUGAUCAUGAGGCUCAUCCAACAGCUGCCACACAUUCUUUUUGAAAAACAGAGAAUUAUUAUGUUACUGGACCUUUCUAAAAAUCCACCAGUUCACUGUAGUGACAGCGAGGGCCACAUGAGGACUAUAUGUAGAAUAAUAAAGUACCUGCAAGCGGAUCUGAGAA